ACUCAAUACACCAGUGUGUGCCUAUAGCCUGUGUCGCCUCUACGUUCCCUAAGCCUAUUACUUUACAAUUGGGAGAGUAUUCGAGAUAGCUAUCGACUUCUCACACUCUGAUAUGUUUUAUGUGUUCUAACUCCUCUACUUCAUACUGAACAUAAUACACACCAAUAAGAGCUGAGAAGCUAUCAACGAAAAACCAGCACGUGCUUGGCUGACCAAGGCCCAAAUCUGCAGUGUUCAGUCAGCGAUCAGUGAAGCGGAACCUAGGAGAGACAGAGCGAGUGAACGGCAGCCUUGAUUGGGAUGCAGACAGUGUUGUGGCACAGAGCUCUUGAGUUGUUCAGUGAGGAAGGAGCUUAGCUGUGAGCAGACGUGAGUUUGUGUUUGCGUUUGGAAGUACAGACUGCUAUAGGCAGUGUGAUUUGGACUUGCGAUUUCACUGAGAAGUGAUCCAAGGCCUUGACUACACCUUGUGGAUAUCUUUGGAUAACUGUGCAGGUCGUGCUUGACUGGUUUAGAGCAGGCUGCGGCACCUGAAGUGUGUGUUGAGCAGACUUACACUAGGAGGAGAAACACAUGGCCGGCUUUGUUUUGAUUCCUCGAGGGUACACACCUUGUUAGCAACAUAUGAGCAGGUGGAAAGUAUGUGCGAUGAUAAGAGACUGGCGUAAAGGAAGUGAACACGACAAUGAGGAAAUGCUGCACGGAGCUGUAUGCACUGGGGAGCGCCAUCUGCCUGCUGUUGGCCUCAUGCCUGUCACUAGCAAGGGGAGGUGCAGUGCCGGCAUUUCUGAGGGAACCAAAGACUUCUGUGAUAUCCCAUCAUGCCCCAGUGACAAUAUAUUGUGAGGUGACACCUCCAAAUGCCACAGUGAAAUGGCUGUUUAACAGCAAGCUUUUGAAACAGGAAGACCACAAUGGAUUGGAGUUUAGGGGAGACAAUUUAUAUUUUAACAAUUUUGAAUACUCAUCAAAUGAAGGCAUAUACCACUGUGUGGCGUCAGCCGUUGCCGGAUCCAUCAUCAGCAUCCCUCUGGUGGUACUCCGACCUCCAGAAGUGGGCUCCUUCCCGGUUAAACCAGUCUUGGCUAUCACUGCUGCUGAGAGUGGGAUGGUUGUCAUACCUUGUUCCUCCCCGGUCGACGUUCCUAACCCCCCAAAAGUUUACCUCGAGGACAGUAGCGGCACCCGUCUGGGGAACUCUACAGAUGUGUUUACAGUGCUACCAUCAGGGAGUGUGUUGAUAAAGAAUGUGCAGCAGUCUCACAGUGGCAGGUACCAGUGCAAGAUGAGCAAGCACGUCACAGCGUUACAAGACAUCGAUCUCACUGUGCAGGCACAAGCAGCUGGAUCUGAAACCUCGAUAGUGGACACCAGUAGAGUGAAGAUCUUCCCCUGGAUCGGUGAAAGCGUUCUGCUGGAAUGUCCUACCUCCUCAACUGGAACCCCAAGUGUAACAUGGGAUAAAUAUGGAGGCACUCUGCCACAGGACCGUACUGUAGUGGAAAAUGGUAAUUUAAGAAUUAAGGAUGUAAAGAUAGAAGAUGCAGGAACAUAUAUUUGUAAAGGAACUUCAGAAGAGCCAAGCAGAAUAAUUGCAAUGGAUGUACAAGAAUCUGUGACAGCAAAGGCACAGAGGUUGGUGAUAACAGUAAACGCUGGUGAGAGGGCGGAGCUACGCUGUAAUGUGACUGGUCGACCCGAGCCCAAAGUCAUGUGGUACUACAACGCAAAGCCAGUCCCGAAAACAACAGGCAUCAGUAAUGGAGCCAUGGUACUUGUGAUCACCAAGGUGGUGCCAUCACGUGCUGGGUUCUAUCAGUGCCAGGCCCUGAACAACGCUUCCUCAGCCAGCGCUGUUAUGAAACUGGAGGUCAAGGGUCAAGGUCUUGACCCAACAGGUAACACAGAUGAGACAACUAUUGGCGUGACCGAAAGUGACCAGGCAGGGACAAAUGAGACGACUUCUGAGAACUUGAAGGUCAACGGAGAUAUCAAAGUCCCGAAACGGAACAGGCCAAAUAAAAAUGGUGGCCGUAAGAACAGGAAGAAGGGAAAGAAAAAUAAGAGAAAGAGGAAGAAAAAGAAGAAGAAGAGGAAGAAGGGCAAAGCCAAACUGGUUCCCCCAUCUCAGCCGCAUGUUGACCAACUGUCUGACACCUCGGUCAAACUGAACUGGACAGUGCCACAGAAUGACGGCCUACCGAUCGUGUUCUUCCGGGUGCAGUACAAGGAGGUUGCCCCCAAUAAGGCAAGCUGGCACACCGACGACCACGACAUCGACAAGGACACCACCAUGUAUGAAGUGUCCAAUCUCAAACCAGGGGGAAUUUACAAAUUUCGUAUCGCAGCUGUGUAUUCUAAUAAUGACAACGAGGUCGGCCAGAACUCUCACCGUUUCUUCAUGAAGGUGGCUCCGGCUGGCAAAGCCCAUCCCCCGGUGGACAGACCCACCAUUGUAGAAGCGAUGCCACUCCACAAUGAGGAACAGGGGAAGGAUGUGUUCGGCAUUGGCAUCAAGUGGCAGUAUAUCCUAACAGAAUCCUCACCAAUCGAAGGCUUUUUCAUCUUCUACAAGCCAUACGACUCAAAAGACCAAUGGAAAAAGAUCACAAUCCUUGAAACCAAAGUUCGUGGACAUGUGUUGGGCUAUCUGAAGCCUGACACAGAGUACAGUAUUCGUAUGCUAUGUUUCAACUCGGCUGGGAACAGUGACAGUAGCAACACUGUUGUGAAGAGAACAUUAGCUCUGACCAAACCUCCCAAAGCAUUCCCGGUCGAGCCAGUAACUGACAAGGCCAACACAAGGAAUAUGCCGUCCCCGGACAAACCCCGUGUCGAGGAGCCCCGCAAUCCGACACACAGGGGAGACGGGAUCGACACGGAGAAGACAAGCACCCAGUCCAGCAGCGAGACCCUCUACAUGGUGCUGGGAAUUGUCCUCGGGGUCAUGUUGUUGCUGUUGUUCGUCUUCAUCGUCAUGUGCUGGUGGAAACAACGACAACAACGUCGCAUGAUGGCCAUGAACGGGGUGAUCCACUCCAAGUACCAGGAUCAAGCCCAGAGAAUCUACAGCGAGUCUAUGAGGAAGAAAUACAUGAAUGGAUACCCACUCAAUGGCCUCAACGGACUGGUUGCCAAUGGACACGGUCCCCAUGGCAACAGUAACCAUAACAACAAGAUGAACAUCAACGUGAACCCAAUGUCUGAAGUGGAAUGUCAGAUGAUUAACUCCCAAGCUGGGAAAGGCAGCGUUCCUAAUCACACUCUUGUGCCGAACGGGUCCAUACCUCACUACAGCGGCCCUCACAGCACCAGCGACAACAACUUCAACAGCAUCAACACAGCGAAAAGCGUUGACGAUAUUUCCCCAGAUCAACCUUUGUUGGACCAAAAUGGUGGCACAAGAAACGGAGAAAAACAACUUCACGACCCUGCUGUGUUGUACCGGCUGGGUCAAAGGUCAAGUUCCUUACAACAUGUGCCACCCCAAGGUCAUGGCCAUUCCUCCAAUGAAGCUGACAUGUCUGGUGCGGAGACAAAUAGUCAAAAAUCUCCCAGAAUGCAUGUUCCCGGCGGAGUUGACUGUUUCCUCCCAAAUGAUAGACAGCUUCGGACUUUUGAUGGUGGGACAACCCCCAAUAUAUUCAGUGCCAGAAAUACUAUGGACUCUCUGUCGCCUAGCGACCACAUUUCAGGGAAUCAUGGGAAGCAUAAACGCCGCCGAAAGAGGCCGCACAGCCGUGAACACACAACAAAGGAUCAAGCUACUAAUACAGACUUGAGCAGCAAUGAGGGGACGAUAGAGUUCACAACGUUUAACAAGUCACCAUCGCUUUCGUCUGAGAAGUCUCAGUCUUUCACGAACUGUGCCACACAAUGUACUGACUACUCCCAUAUGAACGGGGCUCUCUGACGAAAGGAGGGUGCGCGAGGGUUGAGAUUAUAACGAGAACUUCAAGCACAGUGAUAUGGACUGAAUAUAGCUGUUUGUAUAUAUAAAUUAUCACAACAGAGGGCAGGCUCAAGUCUCAUUGGAGGAGAUUUGAGGCGGAACAUUCUGAUUGGACAAACGUCCAGAUCAUGUGACCAACAAGAGAUAUUUUCAUUGGAUGAAAUUGGUGCAAAACUGCUGAGAUUCGAAAUGGAUAUUUAUCAUGGAGUGUUGCCAUGGAAACUAUGGAGCCAUUUUCAAAAUGAGGCUGUGAAGAGAAAUGGCAGAAAGUAGGCCAAUGUGACAAGCUUUGUUGGUGGGAGCGAAACUCUUGUGAUGGAACGUCAGUAUGCAUUUGGGCUUGCUUGUAACACUGUAUUAUAUGAACGAUGGAUCCUAGCCGUUUCAUAUUCAGGGACCGACAUGCUAAAAACUGUCACGCAAUAAGUAUUGAAAGGACAUUACAGCGUUUCAAGUAUUUUUGGCAGCUUUUGCAAACAGAUAAAUGACUGUUAAGAGGCUGGAUGGAUAAAUCAUGCUCUUGAAGUGCAUAAGAGGCUAAACAGAUAAAGUGUGCUGCCAUCGCCGGCUGUCUGUGUUGUAAAAUGACGGUAUUAACCGACGCUGCGGAAGCAGCUUGUAGCCACCUCAGUCACCAAAAGAUAUAUUCACACUUUCAGAUGUUUUUUUGAACGUUGUUUCAAAAAUGAAUUGCUCAACUUAGGGUAACUGUAUAGCAUCUACAAGGCAAAACGAGAAGAUAUGUUAAAUUAUGACUUUUGUGUUAUACUGUAUAUAAGGGUUGCUCAGUAUUAAGCCUAUAUUUUUGUUGUUUCAUAAGAGUUAGAUGUCUUAUGUACAUUGUGUUGAAUUUGUAGCGAUACAACCUUACACCUUUACUUGUGAUGUUUGAAGAGUUUGAAAUCAAGGCCUGACCAGGAUUCAUAGGACAUUUUCUAUGUUUUCUACCAAAUAGGGCACUUUGUUUACAGUUCCUGCUUGUGUCUGCUUUUUGAGGCAACUGCCACUUCAUUUUAACAAAUUAAUAAUCCUAAAAGUAAAUACUCAUUUUUCCGUAAUGUCACAAUUUGAGUCUUUUCAAAAUUGUGAAAAAGUAAUUUUCUUUUUGAAAAGUACAUGUUUUGUUUAGUAUCCCCAGGACAUGCGAUACUCAGAACAAGUUACAUGAGAGAUGAUUUUAUGAGUGCUUCCAGCAUCACUGAUUUCACAUCGUUCCAAAAAACAUGGUGUACACUUCUUUGAAAGCAUUUAGAAAUGAUACACAUAACCAAGAGAAUUUAUGGAUGUCAACUUCUUUAUUAUGAGGAACAAAACGUUUUAGAGUAUAUACUUACUCCUCCAUCAGGUGAAAAGCAGGUGAAAAGAUCAUCUGUUCCCCAUAAAAAAGAAGUUUACAUGCAUAAAUUCUCUUUCUUAUGGCGUACAAUAUUGUGUAAAUCUGUGGAACAGUAUUACAGCUCCAUUAAACUAUACUGAGAAUGCUUGUCUUCCCGGAACGGCUGGUCUGGACAGGACUUGUGGUUUCUCAACCAUGCUUCUUAAGAUGUGUGCUUGGAAAUUAAUGUAACUGACUUAGUGUUAAUUUAAUCAAGGCAUAGGAUGUAAUGGUUGUGGAGUUCAGUGAACACUUAUCUCAGGGUUGUUAAGUGGAUUAUUUUCUUGUCACAAUGAAUUUCAAACUCUUCAAAUUCCUGUAAUUUAAAGAUAAAUGUAACAAACAGUGCUUGUGCAAAUGCGAAGUAUUUAAAAAAGUGCAUGUUGGUAUAAUAGUUUCAGAUAAGAAAUUAUGUUGGAAAGAAAUACAACGUAUUUGAAUUUGUUCAGUGAUAAGGCAGCUGAUGUUACACUUAGUUCUAAGUUACACAAAGGAGGGGUAAGGUUACACCAAGCAAGUUCAUAGACUUCCUGGAGUAGGUGUUAUACCGAUGUGUGAUACGAAUCGAUUGCGUGAGUGGCUAUAUGUGGUAUAAAUGUUUAUAACUGGUUACAUUUUAGUGUAACUGAUAGGUUACACUAAGGUGUAAACACACUUGACUACAGUGAAAUAUGGAAUAUUUUACACUUAAAUGUAAUUGGUUCAACUCGAAUGUAUUGAUGUUGGCAAAUUACACUUGAGUGUAACAGGUUUGUAUUUGACACGUAGCUGUUACAUGUGUUAAACAUGUUUACUAUGUCAAGUGGUUACACUUAAGUGUAAUUGUGUAUACAUGGUGCGACCUAAGUGUAGUGUGUAUUUCUACAUGGUCAUGCGUGAAGGAUGUGUUAAAUGGGUGUUGCCACCAACAAGUGUUUUGUUAUGAGCGAGUGUAAGGUGUUAAAGUAUUAAUUAACACAUGGGUGAUACGAAGUGUAACACUACACUAAGAUGGACACAAAUGAGUGUAGUGCAGAUGAAAGUUGAAAGCAGGAUAUUGUUUUUAGGAUUUAGAAGAAAUAAUAUUCUCAAAUAUAUAUAUCAUGUUUUACGAGGUAAUCUAUGUGGAAAUUCAAUUUUUCCUGCUUGCAUUUUCACGAUCUAGACAAGCAUUUGUUGAGCCAUCGGUCAUUGGCUAAUGUUGACAAUACUCAGCACAGUUGCAUUAUGGGUAGGGUACCAGUGUCGCACAAUGACAAAGUAUGGGUAAAGUAAAAAUACAAAAAUGUUUGUUUAAUAUACUCAGGUUGAAGUUUAACUCAUUUUCUUUAAAAACACAACCAUGGUUAGUUUUUUUAUGAAUUAUAUUCUGGAAGGCUGUAACCAGUCCUGUUAUAUACAAACUACAACCCCAGAUGUUUUGCCGGUUUGUUUGAAGAUAGCAGAAGGUACAAAUUGGCAUGUGUCCUGUUCUGAAAUAUCAGAAGGUACAAAUUGGUAUGUAUCCUGUUCUGAAAUAUCGGAAAGUACAUCAUUAUUGGAAAGUACAAAUUGGCAUGGGUCCUGCUCUGAAAUAUUGGAAAGUACACAUUAUUGGAAAAUACAAAUUGGAAUGUGUACUGUUUUGAAAAAUCGGGAGGUAAAAUUACUUUUUUUUCUUUUUUUUUUUUCUUUUUUGCGGGGGUGAUUUAGAAGGUUGAAUCCACCUGAAUAUUAUAUGAUUGGGGGAAUUUUGAAGACCUACACGUCUCAAACAACUACAAUUUAUUUUAGACUGGGCCGUGCCAUGGGUUUGGACAUGUCUUGUUUCCAACCAGGCUGAUGUACAAGACAUUGUGGGACACUGGUGUACGGGGACUUCCAAAUGUGAUAUUAUCCUGUACUGCAAUACUUGGCAGGGCUGCCACACAUUUCACAUACCAAGUUUCAUAGAUCCACAAAUAGGUUUGAGAGCUGAUAAUAAGAUGACCCACUUUGAAGCAGCUGUUCUGGACCAAAAUAAGAAAGUCUUCAAAGCAUCAGCCGCAUGAAGGGGAGAGAACUCUUCCUAAGUAUUCUGUGCAGUGAGCUGUACCUCCCACUGCUUGAUGUAUCAAUAACUUCAUCUUACAGGGACAUGUUCAAGUCUAUUGUCUCUUCAAAAAUAACGUAUUCUCCCUAGAUUGAUGCGAAUGUAUUUUUGCUUUUUUAAUGUUUACAUGGAAAGAUGGUCCGUUUUGGCAGAAUAAUAAUUUAGUGGUGACUGUUUCCAAAAAAAAAAACAAUAUUGAAAAAUACUAUUUUUUCCUUUCAUUUCAAAAAGAGUAUUAUGUUUUCAAUCUAGAGGAGACAUGUUGUUUCUGAUGAAUGUGUUGAUGAAUUAUCAAACCAGUUUUCCAUAAUUAGUUUGUAACAUGACAAUGAUAUUUAAAAACUAUGCAAUUGCAAAGAUAGCAAUCUCGUUAUAUGUAUUAUCUAUUUAGCCUGCACCUAGUAUGCAAAAUAAGCCGUUUUGUAUUUUUUUAAAAUUAGGUAAUCUUGUGGAUGCAACUCUUGCCAUUGUGAGAAAUUGUCUGUCAGUGAGUGGGACUGUCUUCAAAUUCAAAAAUCAAAAUGUUGUUUACAAAGUAAAUUUGAAAAUUAAGUUAAAAAAGAGUCUUCUUACAAAAGGAAUUAUGUGGGGGUAAGUAUUACAGCUAGACGAAUAUUUCAAGUACUUAGGCAACAAUAUGUUUGGCAUUAUGUUUGAAUGACAGCAAAUAUGUGUAUUUGUACAUAUUAUUCUGAUUUGAAAACAGUUCCCCAUAGUAGAAGUCUUAACCCAUCAUUGAAAUCAGGGUCCAGGGAUUGUGGGUAAUCCUCCGUCUUCCUCAUGGUCACAUGACUGUCAUGUGAUAUGCUGUCUUAUGUGGUCACAUGACUGCCAUGUGAUACACUGUCUUAUUGUGGUCACCAUUGUGUAAAUACUCGUCAAUAAAUGUAUAAUAAAUGAAAUUAACAAUG